UUUAGUCAUCGUUUUACUCGAUGCGAGAAAAGAGAUGUUGUUAAAUUCCACGAUAGAUACACACGGCUAAUAAAGACAAACUUUUGACUGUUAUUGUAAUGUUUUGACAUCAUGGAGGUAAUCGAGACAAUUGUGAUACAAAGUACUGAAGUAGAAGGAAAGGAAACGGUCGUGUCCAGCGUGGACACCGAUAAAACCAAAGCAGAAUUUAUAUGGACACUGCAGGCUACAUGGCACCUUGUCAACACCAGACUUGAAAUGGACCAGGCUUUUGACCAGCCUGUAUGCAAGAAAAAGAAACUUUGGGAGAUGGUGGCAGAGAAAGUAAAUACCAAACUGAGGGAGUCAGAGGUCACUGAUGUCACUGUGAAGGCGUACGAAUGUGACCUCAAGUGGAGAAACAUGCUGGCCACGUACAGGAAGAACGCUGAGAGGGCCAAGAGGCUGGGGGUGGCCAGCGUCCACUGGGAGUUCUUCAAGACAAUGCACGAGAUCUUGGGUAAGAGCAGGGAGGAGAUUGAAGCCCAGCGAAGAGCCAAGCUCAAUGGCACAAGAGUGGGCAAGGCCAUAGCCAGCAAGAGGUUUACCCCUAUUCUACCUACACCUCCUGCGACAGCUGCUCCCUGCACUGCCCGGCCUCCACAGGACGUCCUACAGUUGUACAUGGAGCUGCAAGAGAGGAAAAUGAACAUGUGGGCCCAGCAGAAAGCCCUGGAGGAGAGGAAGAUAGAGGCUAUUAACAACCUGGCCCAGGCCAUCUCUAGCCUGGCUCAGAAGAACAACACACAGAUGUCAAAGGAUGGACAGUAGGCCACAUGAAGUGGAUCUGAACUUCUGUGUGUUGUUUGCUCGUACCAAAAAACUUUUAUGAUACUGCACAAGGAAAACAGUUUGAGUGUGUUUUUUAUAAAAAAAAAUGUAGGCACAUUUUUACUAUUACACUGAGUUUUAAGAAUAGGCCAGUCUGAGUUCAGAAAAUGGGUUGUAUGAAACACAGACUCACAAACCACACCCUGGCCGGGCAACUUUUGUUUAUUCUGCAAGCAGAUUACGUGCCUCCUCAAAUUUGUCCUUAUCUGUUGAUGCCCUAAUGGAUGUAAUCAUUUCAAUCAACCACUUAUUUUUAUACCAAAAGAGAAGAGUGAAUUACCGACUGAUUGUUUGAUGCAGAGUAAGAAAAACUAAAAUAUUACUCACAACUAAGGCACCCUACCAUCACUGCACUAGUUAUUUAUAAUGUAAAAAAAAUUGUGCUGGCCCCAAAAGUAAAAAAAAAUAAACAACUGAAAUGAUCACGACAUGAUUAUGAUCAUUGUUCAAGGGAAGUCACAGUUGGAAUAAAACACAUUCACAUUUUUCAGUGAAAACAAUACAGAUACUUAUACUGAUAAUUAUUCCUAAGAGGUAAAAAAAUAGCAUUCUUAGACAAACUAGUAGUGUUAAUGUAUCAAUAAUAUACACUUACAGUAUUAACUUCACCAUGUAAUUAAUACUACCUUUGUGAAAGUUGUGUUUGUCAGCCAUGAGGCGGUGGACAGAACAUUAGAAAAAACGUCACUGCCCUCCAGUGGUCACAGUGAGGAACUGCAAUAUUACAUUUUUUUCUCGGUUUUAUUAAUAUCUAUAAUCAACAUUAAUAUAUUGAUACGCAUAGCUGCCGAUUACUGUAUUAACAUACAGUUUUAAAGUUUAACAUGGAAAUGUUCACACCAGCGUCAAAGUGGAACCAAUAUACACUCACUUCCGGUCACCACUUUCAAAAUAAAAUUAGUGAUGAACUGGAUAUAGAAAGUGUAUGUCUCUUUGGGCACCCCAUAGUUUUUUAAGAGCCUGGAAAAACUGACUAGUCAUAAGUUAAGACACUUUUCAGUGGAUGUUAUUUGUGUUCCUUACCCAUAUGCUUUAUUAUGCUACAUUAGAGACAUGUAUUGGCUGUUACAUCUUUCAGUGGACAACUGUUACACACCGUGUAAAUGCCUUAACAAGAAAUAUAUCCCUGAGUGUUAUGUGUGCAGACAGUAGAGACUGUUAAAAUAAACCUUUAUAUUACAAAA